AUGCCGCCGAGACGUUCAACAAGGUCCCGAAGCUCGGCCUCAACACCGACUCUCGACGCGUAUUUCAGUCGGAGCUCGUCGCCACAGACUCCCCGGGACACCAAUUCUCCAAAACCCGACGCGAAAAGUAGCCUGGAAGAAAUAAAACCUAAUUCAAAACAAUCCGAACAAGACCCACCAAAACAACAACCAACAGAACUGCCUGUUGAGCAAUCACAACACUCCGAAAAUCCUUCAAAGCAAUUGGAACAACCCGAAAUCCCUCCUAGGCAAUCAGAAAAAGUUGCUGAAAUCCCUGUAGAACAACUCGAAAUCCCUGCUCAACAACCAGAUCCUCCUAAAAGGCGCCGUGGACGGCCCCCAAAAAACAGCAAGCCUUCUUUACCAGGAGCACCCGAACCCCCCAAACCGAAACCGAAACCUAAAUCAACUCCAAAGUCAACAACUUCCAAAAGGAAACCAAAGUCAACUCUUAAAGAAACACCAAAACCAACUCCUAAAGAAAAACCAUUGCGAAGAGCCUACCGACGUGCGAAAAAAGAAAGCGAAGACGAGGAAGAGUAUGUGGAUGAAGAGAAUAACGAUGACGAUGAUGACGAUGACGAUGAUUUUCAAGAACCCGACCAUGAAGAUGACCCGGACGAGCCCAUGGAUGAAGAGGAUGAUGACUUUGAAGCAGAAGAUGAGAAGCCACGCAGACGUCGUGGCCGUUCACGCGGAAGUAGCACCACCGCUAAAACGCCAACGCGUAAAUCUGCUACAAAUACACAUAAAGGUGAAAGUCUUACAGCCUCCAACAAGCGCAAAAUGCAGGGCUCCGUCAUGAUACAAAUGCAUCUGUUGGUGGGCCAUGACCAGCAAAGCCUGACCCGGGCCGUGCUGAUGCGCCAACACUGGGAAAACUCAAUCUUUAUGCCCAAAGCCUCACAAAUGGGCCAGGGAAUGGUAUAUCCAACUAACGACGACGCGCCCAUAGCUUUGGACUUUUCCCAGCAGUCCCUCAAUACUCUUUCGGCUGAUGAAGCUGCAAAAUUUCUCGUUAAUCCAUCAACCCCCCUCAUAAUAGACGACCAACAAAUCCCCCUCUUUGAAAGUAAACCCACGGAAUCUCCUAACAGCUUUUUUCUCAAUGCUGGCGGUGUAGUCACCUCAAUUUCUUGGGCAGAAGCCCAUGCAAACCCAGAGACCCAAUACCUGGCAGUAGGUCUACUGGACGAUCCAGGCCGCGACCCUGUGUCAUCGCCAAUUGUGUCUGAAGUGACUUCAAUUUUCGCCAAAUCCUCAUACCCUUCAUCUGUCUAUAUUUAUCGCGUCGACCUUACCAAUUCCCUAGCUUCUCUGGUUUUCACGCUUUCCGGUGACUUUGGAAGUGCACUAAAAGUGGCUUGGCGUCCACUUGUGACCCCACAAGACCGCACAAACAAUUCAUUGGGUUCUCUUGCUGUGCUUUCACAAGACGGAGGUCUUCGCGUGUACAAUUUGCCCCUACCAACAACAUCUUCCUCGCCUAUCCAUCUUCAUGCUCAAACACCCUUUCGCGAAUAUUUUCUGCCAGAUCCAUAUAAAAUCAUUACUUUUUGCUGGCGUACUUCUGAAGCUCUUUCUGUUGCAAGUACCGAGGGCCAAGUUGCCGAAUUCGACAUUUCAGAUACCUCGGAAUUUUCUACUGAACCGUCCUUCUUCGAAACCAUCUUCCAAUCGGCAGUAAUAACCAUGACUUCUGGAUACCCAAAUAACAAAACCAUUCUAAUUCUUUCUUCAACAGAUGGUCACAUGUGUAUCUUUGACGUCCACAACCCUCUCCACCGUAUCUACAACCACCGUCGAAAAGGAUCGGCCGCUGUUGUGGCCUAUUUACCCCAUCUCGAGUGUCUAAUUUUCGGAGACGAUAGUCAUUUUGCCUACGCUACUUACAUUCGUCUCUUCAAAUCCCAUGUCUACACAAAUGCUGUGGCAAACCAUGCAUCAACAACUAUGGCACUUGCCGUUUCCAAAUAUCACCCAUACUUUUUGAGCGGUGGUGCUGAUGGCACUGUAAUCACCGGUAACCUCGUGCGCAAGCUUAUGGCCCGCAAGCGCAUCAAGAUCUCUCCAUAUGAACAAGGACUGUUAUGGGCCCUCGACUUUAGUUCCAAGGAAAAAAAGUACCGCAUCCACGACCUCUACAAACCUUCAGUUUUGGAAAAACACAAAGCACUUGACAUUGAGCAGAUCUUCCCGCAAAAUGUCACCAUCAAGGACUUGGCCUGGAGCACUUGUUUUGACACUGCAGAAUGGUACGCAGCCGCAUCUACUGGCGGCAUCAUUCGAUUCCAACGUCUAUAUGAUACUUAA